UCGCUUACACAAUUUCUUAUCUAUUUUAACACCGCAAACUAGCUGACAAACAUGUAUGAUCGGAGUUGGUUUGAAUUUUAUGUUUCAAAAUGUCAUUUGAGGAGAAGCUCAUAUGAGUGGUUAUGGUCGUUUGUGUUUAGAUUGUUAAUGAAUCCAGAGGCAUGUUCAAUUGUUACUUUUAUAGGGGAUGGACUAAGAUUCAGAAUAAUUGACAUAAAAGCUCUUGCUUUUUUAUACUACUAUCCAAAUGACCGAGACAUUUUCACAGACCAGGAAGUGGUGAAUAUUUUCAAAAGAGCGCUUUGUCGGAGUCAGGCGAUUUGCAACUGCUGGGCAUUGCAAAAUGACGUGUAUGAUUUCACUACUCUUCGAGACAAUGAAAUGAUGAACUAUACAGGGAUGGACAUGGAACAGCUUCAAAAUUAUGCAUACUGUGUUAGUCCGCAGACCAAAUUGUACAAUGACUUUUCAGAUAGCGAAACUCUUAUUCAGUUAUAAUAUUUUUAAGUCUGUAAUAAUACUAUUUAUCGAUGAAAUUUGAAUAAACUUUU